CGGGGAAUCCCCUACAUUGAAAAUCCCCAAACACUCCGACAAUCUCUGUAUCGAGAUCUGUGGAGCUGGACUCUGGUGAUUAGACUCUAAAGGAAGAUGGUUAAACCUGACAACCCUACUGACGAUAGUCUGACUGCUAACAGCUAUAAAGCACAGUUAGGGAAGCCUAUUGAUGAUGACGAAACACCAAGGUCACGGGAGGACAGUAGAAGGAGGCCUUAUGCGGGUAUUGAUAGUGAAUUGCCUUUAAACCAAGGCCUUGACAUGCAAGCACAAAAUGGGUUGCAGAAAGAAGGAGGAACGGGUGAUAUUCCUCAAGAACAAGGAGAUUUAGACAAAACUCUAACGGAGAUGCUUGUUGGGAAGUUUAGCGAUAUUCGGGGUAGCCAUAGACGGGAUCAGCUUUCCAAACACCUUGGAGUAUCUCUUCACGAGCACGUUCAAGGGUCUGAAACCAUACUAGGAGUCAAUGUACGCGAGCCACCCACGAGGCGGCAUGAUUUAGAGGCCUCCUACAACAUACAGACUACAGACAGUGGUUUCAAACAGCAGCUGGUAGACCUGAUGGACAGACCUCACUAUACACGAGAUCCUCCAAAGUUAGUCAACGUCAAGUUCCAAGUAGUGGGCUUCCUUGGGAAAGGAGCAGAAGCGGAGUGUUUUCUAUGUGAGGAUGUGAAUACAAAGCAACGCGUUGUCCACAAAAAGUACUAUGGAAAGCCACGGGAAAGAGAAAGAGACACUCUAAAAACCUUACGACAUAAAAGCAUACCAGCUUUUUACGGUACAACAGUGGAGGAUGGCCGUAACGUCUUGCGGAUGGAGUUCUGUGGUGAACCCCUUCGCCAUUGGAAGAGAAACAGACCGGUUACGGAGGCUGAUAUUUGGGAAAUCUCUGAACAGUUGACAGACGUGUUGAGUCACCUUGACAACCACAAUAUAAUUCAUCGGGACAUAAAACCUGACAACGUGUGUAUACAGACAGCGAGUAGGGGACUAAUAAUCAAGUUGAUAGACUUCGGGUCAGUUCAGACAGCCCAGGAUAAGGUCGCCCAAGACGGAAGAUUGACUGCUGCCUACAUGGCCCCAGAAAUGUGGUUAUUGUGCAUGUUUUCGGAUACACCAGUGUCCAGUAAAUCAGAUGUGUUUGCGUGCGCUCUCACAAUCUGUUACCUGGUGUAUGACGUUGACGUUGUCCCUCAAGCAUUGAGCACAAAUGAUGAAAAUAAGAUGUUACGUGAGAUGAUUUUCAACCCAUCCCAAGUGGCUGAUUACGUAAUGAAUACAUUUCCUCGGGACAAGUACAGUCAAACUUUGAUGAACCUUCUACUGAAAAUGCUGGCAGGCUAUCCUGAGAGAAGAAUCUCAGCGGCGGACGCGCAUAAAGAGAUAGUAACACACUGCAUGCGACCCGUUUUUGAAACAUUGAAUACUGAAGAAUUCAAAGAAGAACUAGGAAUUGAUAUUGUCAACAAUACGGUUCCACUGAACAUUUUCACCCCAUUGACAACUCCUUCCUACACAGAAACUGUGCCGGCCAUAGUGACGUUACAGGGAGAAACCGACUGGCUGUCGACGCGUACAGCAGUCGACGGCAACUGUCAAACUUUGUCAGACAUUCUAAUCAAUCCGGCGACAAGCGAUGUUGUCCAACAGUAUCAACCAGAGCUUACGGGACAAUGGGCAGCUGCUCCAUCAUAUGCGACAGGUUUAACACUGCUCAUUCCAACUGACCAACAAACAAAUGGUACGUUAACUCAGGGAACGGCUGAGACGACCACGUGGACCAUUGCAAUGAAUGACGGCGGCAAUCAGCAAAGUUUCAUCAAUGGAGCAGUCCGUACGAAACCAAACCAACAGUCACCCAGCACCCUCACUGAUGAUUCCUCGUAUUGCUAUCUGCAUGGGCUAGGAGAGCAAGUUUCAGAGUUGGUACCUGUAAACCACGACACCGGCAUCACCGCUGUACCCGAGAGUCGGCCACAGAUCCUGAACCAGGAGCAACUACUCCUGAUCCAACAUUCGCGCGAUAGAAACACGCAAAAUACAAGCGUGAGUAAUAGAGCAGGUGUACCAAAUCUCAAAUUGGGAAACUGUCAAUUAGAUGAGGAUUGCCAUGAUAAUAUAAAUCCGGCCUAUCCCACCAAGGUACCAGAACCACCAGCACAACAAGAGACAAUAAAUAAACUGAAAGAUCGACUGAAGACAGGGGCUCGUAAAAGGUCAUGCCCUGUUCUUCCUAAUGAGUACACAAACAUUCCCAACCUGGACCUGAUACACUGCAAGAAGAAACGAAGGAAGAACGACUGAGGACUGAACGACCUGCAUUCUCGGAUAUAACAAUUGUCACCGAUAACCCCCCCCCCCCCCCCCCCCUAAGUACUUUUACGUAUGUAAUAAACGUCUCGCAACAAAAAUGAAAUCCAUGCAACACAAUUUGGAGAUCUAAUUUACCACAAAGCAUUUGGUAAUCUGUGCAUUUUUUUUAUCUAUAGAACGAUAAGUCAAGCAGUCGAUUCGAUAAAAAGUUAAGGAAUUAAAAUAUUUUCGGGAAUUUCGACUGUUUAUUUUGCUUUUAACUCGCAGAACCCUUUUAUUGUCAGCAAAUUUAAUAUAGUCUUCUUCUCGUCUCAAUAGGUGACAUCAUCACCAAUGUUGGUGACGGAGAUAUGAUGAACUGUAUCUUUUUGUUCCAAGGAGUAUUUUUCGAGUGCAAGGUAGUGAAAAUUGCACAUCCGUGUUUAUUUAUGUAUUCCGUCUUUUCGUAUUGCAGAGUUAUCUGCUCUUGUGAGCAGCUAUUGAUUGUUACG